AUGGAUGGGUUUGACGAGGCAAAAAUGAAGCAGCUUCAGCUGUUAAAGGAAAAAAUGAAAAUAGCAAAAGCACAAAAACCUGAUGAUAGUGCAAAAAAAGUUGAAGGUAAUUUUUCUCAUGAUGUUAGAAAUGUUCGAUCUUUUGAAACUGAAGAUAUGCAAUUUAAUAAACCAGGAAAAAAAAUAUUUGACAUAUUUUCAACAAAUAAAAAAAUAUUAAAUCCAAAAUUAAACAGAAACAUUUUUCAGCAAUCAAAAAGUGCCACCAAUUUGCCUUUUAAACCCAAAAAUGAAAAUGGGGUAGUGGCUAAUGAUACUGAAGUAUUUGAUACUCCUCUUACUUUUGAAGAAGUUAUGAGACGAAAAAAUGAAAAAAAGAAAUUAGAAGUCGAAAAAAAUCCACAAUCUAUUUUUUCUGGCAUGUUAAAUAAUAAACAAGAUAAUAUGACUCCCGAAAAGGGAAAUAUAAAUAAUAUGUCUUCAACAUUUAAUGGAACAAGUUACAAUACUACUAAUAAUAUAGGAGACUAUCGUGGAUUUGAGCAAAAUAAUUUUAAUAUUGAAUCUCCUGAAAAAAAAAACACAUAUCCUGGCACAAUUCCAACUAAUACGAAUAGCACUGAUAAUAUUAAUAAUCGUAUUGGUGAUAAUUUAGUAAAAAAUCCAAAUGUGUUAAGUUCAGGAAAUAUGAAUACCAAACUAGCUUUUGGAACUAAAGAAAUAAAAAAUUCAAGUUCUCUAAAUUUAAAUACUUUUAGUAAUAUAUUUCAAGAAAAUACUUCAAAUAAUAAUUCCGUUUCUCAACAACGGAAUAUAUUAAGUGAAAGUUUGCCUCUUAAUUUUGAAAGCCAAAAUGCAAGAAUGAAUAUUUUAAAUAAUGCUAAUAAUAAUGAAAAAAAUCCAAACAUAAAUAAUAAUAAUAAUAAUAUUGGAAAAUUUAACAAUUCCAAUAAUAGUAUUAACAAUAAUAGUAGCAGAUUAUUUGAUAUGAAUUCAGGUGCUCAAAUGAAGGACUUUCAGCAAAUGCAGCAACAAACUAACAAUAAUGCUUCAAUUUUUGGUGGUGCACACAAAUUAAAUGAAUUUAAUCUGAACAAGUCAGGGAAUUUUAAUAAUUCCAAUAGUGCACUAAAUAACAACAUGAACAUGUCAGGCAAUUUUAAUAAUUCCAAUAAUGCACUAAAUAACAACAUGAACAAAUCAGGUAUUUUUAAUAAUUUAAAUAGCGGACCUAAUAACAGCAUGAACAAGUCAGGUAUUUUUAGCAAUUUAAGAAAUACCACAAAUAAUGCUGACAAUUCCGAAAGUAAGAAUAUGACAAACACAAAUAAUAUUUUUAAUAAUAAAUCAAAUAUUGGAAAUAUGAAUAAUUCAUAUGGUAGCAUAAUAAAGCCAAAUGGAACAAAUAAUAUAGCCAAUACAAACAUUCCCAAUAAUAAUGAUAAUAAUAACAAUUAUAAUGACGGGGCAAAAAUUUUUAAUUCAAAUAUGAAAAAUAAUAUGUUUAAUAAUACGACCACUAGUAAUAACAAUUCUCUUAUAAAUAAUAAUAAUAAUGUUACAUCAUCGAUAUUUAGUAAAACCAGUAGUUUAUUUAACAAAACGCCACCUAAAGAAGGUAAUAUAUUUGGUAGCGCUGGGAAUAAUGCAUUUAAUAAUACUACUAGUGAUACAAUUUCUAAUAAUCAAUUUAAUAAUACUAUAAAUUUAUCUAAAAGUAGUGGAAAUAUUCUUCCAAAUGAAAAAAAUAUAUUUGGAUCAUCGAAUGUUAAUCAAACAAUAUUUGGUACUACUACUACUCCCCCCACUUCUACUAUUGCUAAUAAUACGGGACCCAAACCGAAUAAUAUAUUUGGUAAUGGCACUAUAAAUAGUAAUAACCUCACACAGAAUAGUGCACAAAAUAAUAUAUUUAAUAAUCAAAUGGGAGAAAGUAAAAACAUAUUUUCACUUAAUAAUAACUUAAAUAAUUCUGAAGGUUCUAAACUUAAUUUUGCUAACACCAAUUCAAAUGUUGUACCAAAUAAUAAUGAACAGCUAAAAAUGAUGAAAUUUAAAAAUACAUUAUCACAAGUAAAAAACAUAAAUAUGAAUUCACCAAAUGGCUCUAUUCAAAACCCGAACAAUUUUCCAAUAACAGCUACUGAAAAUGGUAUAAAAAAUGGUCAGGUAAUUGCUGGCCAAAUAAAUAAUACCCAUCUUACAAAGCCAAAUUUAAAUGAUAAUAAAAUAAGUUCAAUUUCUGAUCAAAAUAAAAAUUCAGAUAAUAGUGUUGACCUUCCAUCAAAUAAUGCUAAUGAUGAUAAGGAAGGUAAAAAUCUUCGAAAAACUAUAUCAACAUAUUUUAAUAAUUUAAUACCAUCCAUAUUUUCAAAUUCUAGCAAACCUGUUCAAAACACAGAUAAUGUCAAAGAAACAAAUGCAAGUGAAACGAAUGAAACAUCUGUACAAUCUAAUGAAUCAAAUGAUAAAUCAAUUUCUCAUAACUUAAAUGAAAAAAUUAUAAACAAAGAAUCUAGUAAUAAUAAUUUUGCUGAAAAUGUUAAUACUAAACAGAUGGCACCACAAAAAAAUAAUGAAAAUAAAUUGGGUAAUAAUAAUUUUUCAAAUAAAUUACCUCUUGAAAAUAAACAAAUUAAUCAUGCUUUUCCAAAUCCAAACAUGCAAAACACACCAAAUAAUGGAAAACCCUUAUUUCUUAAUCAAAAUGCCAGUUUAUUUGGGGCUCAGCAAACAAAUUCUAACAAUCUACUUAAAAAUAAUAACAUGUUUGGUGGAGAACAAAACAAGAAUAACACCCCUCAGCAAAAUAAUAACAUAUUUGGCGGUAAUAAAAAUAUUUUCGGAGCAAGUAACAUUUUUUCGAGUAACGCGAACCCUGGCAUAAACGUAAACAAACUAUCAAGUUUGAACAAUGAUAAUACACAAAAUAAUAAUAUGCAAAAUAAGGCAAAUAAUAAAGUCCUAUUAUCAUUAUCAAGUGAUAUGAAAAAAAAUCUGUAUGAAAACAAUUCAGUUACAAAAGAAACCGCAAUUUCAAGUAUGGCUAACAAUACGACAAAUAAUGACAUUUUUAAAAAAAAUAAAAAUAAUAGUUUUAUUAAUUUAAAUUCAGAAAAUUUUGAAAAUAAAGAAGAAUUUGAAAAGUUUGAUAAAAUAUAUAAAAACAUAAAUUGUAUAGAUAAAAAUAUAAAUUAUAUAAAUAAAUAUGCCCCCGAAAAUAUAAACAAUACAAAUAAUUAUAUCGGUGAAAAUAGUAGUACCGUUAAAAAUUAUGAAGCUCUAUCUGCGGCAAAUAAACUAUUAUUAGAAAAAAUGAACAAUCCUAACAAUACAACAGAAGGGAACAAAGAAAUGAAAACGAUAGUCGAUAAUUUAAAUAAAAAUAUAAACAAGAGUGGUGAAGAAAACAAAUUAAAUGUGAGAAGCACUGAAAAGGGAAGCAGCUUAAAUAAUAUGAUGUUAGGGAAAACUCUUUUCGAAACCCAAAUGAAAAAUAAUGGAAUUGAAAAAUCAGUAGCUCUAGGAUUUAAUAUCAAUACUAAUGAAUUGACUCCUAUUCAAAAAUUAAGAUUAAUUAAUGAAACAUCAAAAGAGAUUUCAACAAAUGAUGAGCCAGAUUUAAAUGAAAUGAUACCUGAACAUGUUCAGAAAAUUAUGCAAAGAAGAGAAUAUUUUAAAACAAAAAAUAAAUUAUUAAAAACAGAAACAGAUCAAGGAAGUGUAAAAAAAAUAAAACCAUUUGUUCCAACAAAAUAUAGUGAAUCAUUUAGAAAUACAUUUUAUACAAAUGAAAAUAAUAAAAAUAAUAUUUUUUCAUUAAAAAAUUUAAAUAGUAUGGGUAUAUUAGAUACCCCCAAUUAUACAAAAAAUAAUAAUGAACAUAAUGGGAAUGCAAAAAAUAUUUUAGAUUUAAAAAGUAACACAUAUAAUAAUGAUUAUAACACACAUACAGCCACAAUUGACAACUUAAGAAAUUGUAGUAAUGCUAGUAAUAUAAGUAAUAGUAGUAAUGGUAGUAAAUUUUCUCAGAUGAUAAAUAGUAUAUACACUAGUGAUCAAAUUGCAAAUAUGGAAAAUGAAUUAAAUUCACAAUCUGAUUUUGUAUCUAAUAUUUAUAAGUCUUUGGAUAAAGAAAAUCAUAUAUAUGGAAAACGUGAUAGAAAUAAUUUUAAUAUUGAUGAUCAAAAUUGUAUAAAUAAAAGUAAUAAUUCAAAUGAUUCAAGUUUUGUAAAUAAUAAUUUAACCCCUGAACAUGAAUAUUUAAAUUGUGAAACUAAAAAAAAAAAACACAAAUCAAACUCAGAUAUAGAUAAUGCUAACGAUGAAGAUAAUACCUCGGACUUAUCAAAAGGAAGUAGUAAUAAUACAUUUUUUAAUAUGGCAAAUUAUGUAAAAAAUAUUAGAGAUUCAAACAGUUUAAAUGAUAUAUCCAUGAAUUUAACUAAAUAUACUUUUCAAAAUGAAAAAAUUUUAUGUGAUAUAAUUAAUGAAAAUUUUAAUAUGGCAUUGAAAAUUUCUUCUUUAAAUGAUUUACCAUUUUUAUCUGAAGAUUUUUCAUAA